GUAUAUAUCUGUAUCUACUCGCUGCCCCCUCUUUCCUCUCUCUCUCUCUCUCUCUUCUGUGUUUCCUUUUAAGCUUCUUUUGUUACCAUAAUUUCACCAUGCAACAACCUCAAGAGCUGCAGCAGCUUCCAAUUGUGGUAUCUAAUGGAGCUAAUAAGGAAACAAAUACAUUGGAUGAUGACAAUAGUGUUCCAACUCAAAUGAACCAAUCAUCGGCUAUGAUGAUCAAGAGGAAAAUAUACCAUCGUGGGUUAAAAAUAGCACUGUAUGCAGCAUUUGUGUUGUUAGGCCAAUCAGCAGCAACACUUCUAGGAAGAUUGUACUAUGAAAAAGGUGGUAAGAGCAAAUGGAUGGGAACACUUGUCCAAAUUGCUGGAUUCCCAAUCCUCUUACCUUAUUAUUAUUUUUUCAAUCAAUCAUCACCACCCAAAAAUAAAGAUCUCACAAUUAUUGAUCCAAAUAAACCAUCACUUUCAAUGUUGUCAUUUGUGUAUGUCUCUUUGGGUCUAAUUGUUGCUUUGAAUUGUUACUUAUACUCAAUUGGGUUAUGGUACCUCCCUGUCUCCACACUCUCCCUAAUUUGUUCAUCCCAAUUGGCCUUCAAUGCUUUCUUCUCUUACUUUCUCAAUUCACUCAAAUUCACACCUUAUAUUAUCAAUUCCUUAGUACUUCUCACAAUUUCAUCAGUAGUUCUUGUAUUUGAACCAAGUGAUGAUGGCACAUCAGACUCAUCAACAAAAGCCUCAAAGAAAAAGUACAUUAUUGGGUUCAUCUGCACAAUUGCUUCUUCUGCAGGUUAUGGACUAGUCCUUUCCCUUCAACAAUUGGCUUUCAAGAAGGUUCUAAAAGGUGAAACUUUCAAAGUGGUGAUGGACGUGAUAAUAUACCAAUCAAUUGUAGCUACAAUUGCUACUCUAAUUGGACUUUUUGCUAGUGGAGAAUGGAAAGGUUUGAAUGAAGAGAUGAGAGGGUAUGAAAUGGGAGAAGUAUCCUAUGUGUUGAAUUUGACCUUCACAGCUAUAAUUUGGCAACUUUUUAGUAUUGGUUGUGUAGGGUUGAUAUUUGAGGUGUCUUCACUCUUUUCUAAUUCUAUAAGUGUUUUGGGUGUGCCCAUUGUUCCACUUUUGGCUGUGAUAGUGUUUAAGGACAAAAUGCAUGGGAUUAAGGCUAUUUCUAUGGUGCUGGCUUUGUGGGGCUUUAUAUCUUAUGUCUAUCAACACUAUGUGGAUGAAAGAAACUACAAUUCUCAAAACAGUAGCAAUGGCCAUGAUGCAAAAGCUAGUUCUUCACCUUUAGAAGAGAAAGCCAAUAGAUAGGUGAAUAAUUAAUUAGUGUGGGCUUUUUUAUCAUCAGUUUCAGAGUGCACACUUGUAUGGAUUAUAAUACAAAAUUCCAAAACUUUCACAUUUCUGUAGUGGUACAUUAUUGUUUA